UCUCCAUCUCUCUUAUCUUUUUCCACAAGAUUUUCCUCUCUGAAAAAAGGUUUUUUCCUCACAGUUUCUUCGCUGGUAAGAAUAAACAGAAAAGAAAAGAGGCUCAACCAGCGCUCCGACCCGAUUCGUUUCUGGAAUGGACUCUGAAUCUGAUUCGCGAUUUUAAAUGCUGAUUAGGGUUCUUGAAGCUUGAAGGAAUUAUCGCCCUGAAUUAUAUAUAUUUCGAUUCGAGACAAGAAGUUGGGGUUAGGGUUUUCGAUUUUUGGACAUUGUUUUUUCUCAAGGAGGAAAUUGCGGGAUUGGGGGUUUGAUUUUAGGGUUUGUUUUGGUCUUGAUUUUCGAAACGGGGAAGAUAGGUGUGGGUUAGAGGAUAAUGUGUAUACUGUGUGUGAUUCAGAAGUGGUCUCGCCGGGUUGCUACCAUGCUGCCUUGGUUAGUUAUACCUCUCAUAGGUUUAUGGGCUCUUUCUCAGCUUUUGCCACCUGAUUUUCGAUUUGAGAUCACAUCCCCAAGGCUGGCUUGUGUUUUUGUGCUUCUGGUUACUCUGUUUUGGUAUGAGAUUUUGAUGCCCCAGCUAUCUGCUUGGCGGGUUAGAAGGAAUGCGCGUCUCAGGGAGAGGAAGAGAUCUGAGGCUAUAGAAUUGCAGAAGCUUCGUAAGACUGCGACACGAAGGUGUCGGAACUGCCAAACUCCAUAUAGGGAUCAGAACCCCGGUGGUGGUCGGUUUAUGUGCUCUUAUUGUGGCCAUAUAUCAAAAAGACCUGUUUUGGACUUGCCUGUGCCGCCUGGUUUGGGUAUUUCAAAUUCUGGGAUUAUUAAGGAUCUUGUUGGAAAAGGUGGGAAAAUCUUGAAUGGAAAGGGAUGGUCUGACAAUGGGUGGAUGUGUGGGCAGGAUUGGUUGGAGAAUGGCAACUGGGUUACUGGGUCUGUUGCAGGGAAGUCUAGCUAUUGGCGGAAGAAUGGCAGUGGAGUUUUUGGAGAUGAGGAUUGUUUGGCAGAGAAAUCUUAUUCAGGAGUUGUUAUUUUUGUAUGCAAGCUGUUGACGUCCUUCUUCUUAAGCAUUAGCUGGCUUUGGAGAAAGAUUUUUAGGGUUAGUUCAUCAAGGGAUGAUACUUCUUCUGAUGCAGAUAGGGGGAUGUUGACUAAGAGGGGUGAGAAUGGAACAAGCUUUCAUGAGAGCAGAGGAGAAAAAGCACGCAGAAAAGCUGAAGAAAAGAGACAGGCUAGGUUGGAGAAAGAGCUUUGGGAAGAAGAAGAGAGAAAGCAGAGAGAGGAGGUUGCAAGAUUGGUGGAGGAACGAAGGCGACUGAGGGAUGAAAAACUGGAGGCUGAAAAAGAUCGCAGCAUAUUGUCACCACCUUCCAGGGAGAAAGAGAUAAAAAAGGAAGCAGAAAAGAAGCGCCAAGAAAGAAGGAAAGAGAAAGAUAAGGCAUCUAGUAAGAGCAACUCUGAUGCAGAAGAGAUUGAGAAGAGAGCAGGUAAGGAAACUGAACGGAAGCGUGACAUUGAUAAGAAGAGUGAGAUUGAUCGCCGGGAAAAUCAGAAGUCUGGUACAGAUAAUGUUAAGGGCAAUGCUGUUGAAGCAGGAUAUGGAAUGAAAAAUACUCUUGCAAAUAAUUUUACCCGGGGAAAUGCUGGAACUAGAUACUUGGAUCGUAUGAGGGGUACAUUUUUGUCAUCGUCUAAGGCUUUUAGUGGAAGUAGUUUCUUUGGAAAGAGUACUAAUAGUCCUGCUACUGUUACAAAAGAAAACAAACCUAACAAUUCUGUAGAUCAUGUCCAUACUUCUGCACAUAGGAGAGAUUUCUGUCCAGCUGAGCGUGUAGCUGGAAAGUUGAGCAUGAAUGGAGAUGAUAAGAAUGUUAACACCAACCACUCUGUGCUUUCAGAACCCCAACCAAGGGCAGCACCUAAAAAAACUUGGCAACAAUUAUUCACUCGUUCAUCUUCUGUUCCUCCAGCCUCAAAUACAAAUGUUAUUAGCAGACCAAAUUCAAAAGUUCAAGCAGAAGCUCAGAGCCCACCAUUACCUGGUCAUUCAUCAACAAUACAAAUGUAUGAUAAUCCUAUCAAUUUUGGACUGCCAUCACCAUUUACAUCUACCUACUCGAAUGGAGCCCCCAGCAGUAGUUUAGGUUUCUCACCUGCUAUUGAACCUAUUUUUCCUCGUGCUGGUGAAGGGCUUCAUGAACUUAUACCAGAAGAGCCAGAGCUUUUUGAAGACCCCUGUUAUGUUCCUGAUCCAGUAUCCUUGCUUGGGCCUGUUUCAGAGUCGCUUGAUAAUUUUCAGUUGGACUUGGGUUCUGGCUUUGGAAUGGACAAUGGUAUGGAAAGGCCUCAUACUUUGAAGAAUAUAUCCGCUUCUUCUGAAAUUAGCAAGCCCUCACCUAUUGAGUCUCCAUUGUCAAGACUACGAUCUGCUGAUGAAAGGCAUAACAAUUCUAAUCGGUUGCCAACUACCCCAAAGGCCCAAGAUCUUCAUUCUUUUCCUGUGGAUGGUACAAAUGGAAAUGAGAAAGGGACAUGGCAAAUGUGGAACAGUUCUCCCCUUGGUCAGGAUGGUCUAGGUUUGGUGGGUGGUCCAGCAAGCUGGCUUUUCCCCCUGGAACAUAAUAGAUCAAACAAGGAAGACUUUGUGCACCCUCCUACUCAGAAAACAAUGGCAUCAUUGUUCACAAAAGAGGACCCUAUACUUGCUGGCACCCAAUCUCCUCAGAAAGUUUUUCUUGGUAGUGGCCAGAAUGGUGGAACAUUUAGUCCUGUAACUGGUCCAACUGAUCAGGAUCCAUGGUUACAGAAUGCUUUCUUUCCACCAUUGUCUGGUAGCGAUGACCAUUUUCCUAUCAAGCCUCGGGAGGAAUUGAGUGAAAUGACUUAUGGAAGUCCCAGUGGAUCUGCAUGUACCCAUCCAUUUGAGCUGUCGCCUGUGAAUUGUUGGCCCAAGAAGGAGUGGGCUAUGCAGGGUCCAGGAGAAGUUGUUGGAAAGUCUUCAGUUGCAAGGCCCCAUGUUGGGGGUUUAUUUCCCACCCCGGAUGUACAGUCACUUUGGUGAUUUGGUUGAAAUAGGAUAAAGUGACAUACUGGAGGGACUUAAAAAUACAUCUCCUGUUCUCGAGAGGGAAACAUCCUCUUUUUGGGGGAGAUUUAGAAUACUUGAUGAUGCAUUGUAUCUUCCUUGUCUUUCUUUUAACGUUUACUUACAUCAGCUUGGAUAGGGAAUACACGUGGCAUGCAUUCACUCGUGCAUAAGGUAACAGCUAGGCUAGGUGUCAUACGUUGCUUAAUUCUUUGUAGCUUUUAUGAUCUGCUAGCUGGGGGGAAAGGGGUUAGAUUUGUUCAUUGGCAUUGGCAGUGGCAGUGGCAGUGGCAGAUGAAAGCUAUACCUCGUCUUUUAAAAAUCUUCAGUUGAAUGGAUGUCCAACGACAUUGAUAAACACCAUGGGCAUGGGCUGCAUCUGUUCAUAAAUAAGAACUUGCUUUAA